CAUAUCAUAUUCUCAUCCAUCACGUGUACAAAAUGGAUUCUCGUCCCCUACCCAUGAUUUUGGCCAUUUUUAUCCUCUUCUCGAGCUCGGCUGCCGGCCGGAGUUCGCCGGCGGCAGCCAACGGAAGUGAGAUAUUUUAUGCCAAUAAUAAUAAUAACGGCGCGGCGUCGUUUGACUACAAAGAUGCCCUAAGCAAAGCCAUAUUGUUCUUCGAAGGGCAACGCGCCGGGAAGUUGCCUUCUUCGCAGCGGGUGAAGUGGAGGGGCGACUCCGCCCUCGACGACGGGAAGCCUGAAAAGGUGAAAUUGAGCGGAGGGUACUACGACGCGGGGGACAACGUGAAGUUUACAUGGACGAUGGCGUUUUCGGUGGGGCUGCUGAGUUGGAGCGCAAUUGAGUACGAGGGGAAUAUUGUUUUGGCGGGAGAGAUGAGGCACCUCAGGGAGGCCAUUCAGUGGGGCUCCAACUUCCUAAUCAACGCCCACGUCACCUCCAAGGGCUCCACCCUCGCCUUCUACGCCCAGGUCGGGGAAGGAACUGCCGAUCACAACUGUUGGGAGCGUCCAGAGGGCAUGGACACUCCACGGACGCUUUACAAGAUCACUCCCUCUUCCCCGGGGACUGAGCUGGCGGCCGAGGCGGCUGCCGCCCUCGCCGCCGCGUCGGUCGUGUUCCAGAAGUCAAAUCCCAAGUACUCGACCAAACUGUUACAACACUCAAAAUUGCUAUUCGCGUUUGCCGACCAGAAUAGAGGAACUUUCUCUCUUUCUUCACCUUUCUAUACCUCUUACUCGGGGUUUCAGGACGAAUUGGUGUGGGCAGCGGCGUGGCUUCACAAGGCGAGCGGGGAUGGGUAUUACCUGGACUACGUCAUCAAGAAUCAGGAUUCGAGUCACUCCGUUACGGAGUUCAGUUGGGACAACAAGUUUGCUGGCGCCCAAACCCUCCUCGCUAAUGAAUAUUACGCUGGGAAUAAAAACUUGGAAAAAUUUAAGAACGACGCGGAGGCGUUCGUUUGUGGUUUGAUGCCCGCAAGUGGUUCUACUCAAAUACACACAACCCCUGGGGGUCUUCUAUUUACACGAGAUAGCAGCAACUUGCAGUACACGGCAGGUGGGACGAUGAUACUGUUCAUGUAUGCCAGGAUGCUCGAUAACCAUCGUAUUGCCGCCGGGCUUCACUGCCCUUCCGCCACCUUCUCAUCCUCACAAAUCAAAUCAUUCGCCAAGUCCCAGGUAGACUACAUACUAGGAAACAACCCAAACAAGAUGUCCUACAUGGUCGGGUUUGGGAGCAGCUACCCAAAGCAGCUUCACCACAGAGGCUCAUCCAUCCCCUCCAUAUACAAACUCCGAGAGAGGGUCGAGUGCGACCCGGGGAAGGUGUGGUUCAACUCGCCAAGCCCGAACCCGAACCUCCACACGGGGGCGAUCGUGGGCGGGCCCGACGGCAACGACCACUUCACCGACGUCCGGUCGUCGUACUCGCAGAUGGAGCCCACCACGUACAUGAACGCUGCCUUUGUUGGAUCCGUGGCAGCUUUGCAAUAAGGCCAAUAUUAUGAUAUUCUCAUCCUUCUUCUGAUGGGUUGUUGUAAUGGUAAUUAAUAAUUAAUGGCUUAAGUA